ACACCUGGGAGGCGUGGCCGGGCGGAUGCGAGGGCUGCGGCGUCCUGGGGCGAGGCGCUGACGUGAGCUCGGCGCACCUGGGCCGGGCAGGUAAGGGCUGGUGCGGGACGGGGAGAGGAACCUGCAGUCCCUACUUCGGUAGAGCCAGGCGCCCCUUGGCUAAGACGUCGAGGAGCGUGGUAGCGACGGGUGAUCUUCGCUGCGGACUUGGUUCGGAGGGACGUCCGCUUCUGGUGGACAGAUUGAGCGAAAGUGGAAUCUUUGAGUGGUCAAGGGAAAGACAAGCUGACUCUUCAGAUCCCUGUGGACACACUGCCUGCUCUUCCAUAUCAUGGCCCUCCACCCCCGCAGAGUCCGGCUAAAGCCCUGGCUGGUGGCCCAGGUGGAUAGUGGCCUCUACCCUGGGCUCAUCUGGCUACACAGGGACUCUAAACGCUUCCAGAUUCCCUGGAAACAUGCCACCCGGCAUAGCCCUCAACAAGAAGAGGAAAAUACCAUUUUUAAGGCCUGGGCUGUAGAGACAGGGAAGUACCAGGAAGGGGUGGAUGACCCUGACCCAGCUAAAUGGAAGGCCCAGCUGCGCUGUGCUCUCAAUAAGAGCAGAGAAUUCAACUUGAUGUAUGAUGGCACCAAGGAGGUGCCCAUGAACCCAGUGAAGAUAUAUCAAGUGUGUGACAUCCCUCAGCCCCAGGGCUCGAUCAUUAACCCAGGAUCCACAGGGUCUGCUCCCUGGGAUGAGAAGGAUAAUGAUGUGGAUGAAGAAGAUGAGGAAGAUGAGCUGGAUCAGUCGCAGCACCAUGUUCCCAUCCAGGACACCUUCCCCUUCCUGAACAUCAAUGGUUCUCCCAUGGCGCCAGCCAGUGUGGGCAAUUGCAGUGUGGGCAACUGCAGCCCGGAGGCAGUGUGGCCCAAAACUGAACCCCUGGAGAUGGAAGUACCCCAGGCACCUAUACAGCCCUUCUAUAGCUCUCCAGAACUGUGGAUCAGCUCUCUCCCAAUGACUGACCUGGACAUCAAGUUUCAGUACCGUGGGAAGGAGUACGGGCAGACCAUGACCGUGAGCAACCCCCAGGGCUGCCGACUCUUCUAUGGGGACCUGGGUCCCAUGCCUGACCAGGAGGAGCUCUUUGGUCCCGUCAGCCUGGAGCAGGUCAAAUUCCCAGGUCCUGAGCAUAUUACCAAUGAGAAGCAGAAGCUGUUCACUAGCAAGCUGCUGGACGUCAUGGACAGAGGACUGAUCCUGGAGGUCAGCGGUCAUGCCAUUUAUGCCAUCAGGCUGUGCCAGUGCAAGGUGUACUGGUCUGGGCCAUGUGCCCCAUCACUUGUUGCUCCCAACCUGAUUGAGAGACAAAAGAAGGUCAAGCUAUUUUGUCUGGAAACAUUCCUUAGCGAUCUCAUUGCCCACCAGAAAGGACAGAUAGAGAAGCAGCCACCGUUUGAGAUCUACUUAUGCUUUGGGGAAGAAUGGCCAGAUGGGAAACCAUUGGAAAGGAAACUCAUCUUGGUUCAGGUCAUUCCAGUAGUGGCUCGGAUGAUCUACGAGAUGUUUUCUGGUGAUUUCACACGAUCCUUUGAUAGUGGCAGUGUCCGCCUGCAGAUCUCAACCCCAGACAUCAAGGAUAACAUCGUUGCUCAGCUGAAGCAGCUGUACCGCAUCCUUCAAACCCAGGAGAGCUGGCAGCCCAUGCAGCCCACCCCCAGCAUGCAACUGCCCCCUGCCCUGCCUCCCCAGUAAUUGUGAAUGCCAUCUUCUUCCUUCUCUUUUUUAUAAUAUUGUACAUAUGGAUUUUUUUAUUGUUUAGAUUUAACCAGCUUUUAAAUCUCUCUUUUCUCUAACAGUGUUAGAAGUUUGUGAUUCUCCAAAUAUGCCUAGAUUUAAAGCUGAUUUAAUUUAUGGAAAAAUCACCCUUCAGACUUUGCUUUUCUUUUUCAAAUCUCCUAAUGGUAGUAUGAUAUAGCAUAGUAGAAGGAGAUUUGGCCUGGGAGUUUGGACACCAAAGUUCUAGCUGCAGCUUUGCUUCCAAUGUGACCUUGAACAAGUCCUUUAACCUCUGGGCUUCAGAUUUAUUGCUUAUAAAGUGAAGAGAUUGGAGUAGUGCCUGAAAUUGCAUCCAGCUUUAGAACGGACUCGAUGACCUUCUUCUACUUGUACAAGGCUAAACUGCCUGGAACAGAAUCCUUCUGCAUUGUUCUUGUACCACAUUUUUCCUUGGUUUUGUUAAAGUUUCCUCAAGCACUGAUUUGUCCAGGAUCGAGCUCUGUUUGACCUGUUCUGCUAGUAUAGUAAGCUGGCUCCCUGAUGGGGGAAGUGAGAGGGAGAGAAGCUGGCUGGCUGGUUGCUUAGAAACUAUGCUUGAUAUCUAAAUAGAAAUGGGUGCCAAAGUCUGAAAGUCACCCAGCCUGUGGAGUGAAAGCUCACAAAUUUGGCUUCUAAAGGGAAGCUGUUGACACAGAAAGCCUAGGGAUUCUGUGGAAGAAUAGGUUGUCAGGCAUUUACCUUAUUACCACUCAAAUACCAGUGUGUGUGUGUUGGAGGGGGCGGCAGGGAGAGGGGGUAGGUGACAGUAUGUGACUCAGGUGUUAGCUUUAAGAGGAAAGAGCUCUGUUUUUCUUAUUUUCUUCUCUGAGCUAGACUGAGCUGGGGAUCUAAGAUGUACUUCUCUGACUACAAAAGGGACAGUAUCAUUUAGAUUUUUUGCAGUUGGAAGAAACGGGUUGUUGAGUGUGUUAAGGCUGGAAUGAAGAAGGGCUGGGCAGUACUCUUCUGGAAAGGCUCACCUAGCACGAACCUGCUUGUCUCCCUUACUAGUGGAGGUAUCUGAGUGUGAACAGUGAAGGUAAAGAGUGGUAUAGAACAAUGCAGCUCUAUCUGUCACAAACUGGUCUUAUCUAGAAACAUCUGCUGAGUCUCUAACCCUUUCAGCUUUCUCUUCUUUUUUGAGACAGAGUCUUGCUUUGUUGCCCAGGCUGGAGUGCAGUGGCAAGUCACCACUUAUUGCAGCUUUAAGCUCCUGGGCUCAAGCAAUCGUCCUGCCCCAGCCUCCUGAGUAGUUGGGACAACAGUCGUGCACUAUGAUGCUUGGCUAAUUUUUUUUUAUUUUUGUAGAGAUGAGGUCUUGCUAUGUUGCCCAGGCUGGUCUUGAACUCCUGGGCUCAAGCAAUCUGGGACCUAAAUGGCAAAUAAGAUGCUAAUCUGUGGUUGCAAGCCCCAGUCCUCUUGAAUAGUGAUGCCUGUCUGUCUGUGUCGGGACAUAGUAAGGAAGCCCAUGUCUAGUCUGGUACCUUUAAACCAGGCCAUCUCCAACUUUUCAAAAUGACUCAAAAGUUGAGCUAGCCUUAUUUUAAAAACUAAAAGUUCAAAAUCAGUGGUGACAUGAGGACUUAUUUAUUUAAAGUGCUUAAGCCUUGGUUUUAGAGUUUCUGAGAGACCUAGUGGAAUUUGCUAUUAUGAAAAGCAUGAAAAGAUUAAGAAAUCGAGGAAAAGUUGGGCUUUUAGGGACCAGGAAGCAUUAAAGGCACAGAAACUUUACAUUUUGGGGGUCAUUUUGUUGAGUAGGUGAAGUGAGGGAUUUGGGCUUGAUAUUUGGCUGCCCCAUCUCUCUGUGGGAACUCAAAGUUAAAAACCUACUGUAGGUAAAUUAGAAGGGCAGCUCUUGAAUCUGGGCCAGUCUAUAUCCCUUCUGUGAAGUGCUAACAGCCAGGCUAUCUGUAGCCUGGGUGGGAGCCCAGAUAAUGUGAGCUGGUAAAGGGUAUUGGAAAAGUGCCAAGAAAUACCAAGCUUUUGGUUCGUAACCACUAUAAAAAGUUUAUGAACAUGUCAGAGGAAUGGAUGAGUGAUUUGUGAGGUCUUAACUAGAUACCCCGGUUUCUUCCUUGUUUUGGCUUCUUUUCAGAAUGCCGGGAGAGUACAUGCAGGGAUUCCAUCUGAUCACCCUCAGCACUCUUUCUCUGGUCCUGCUGGAUAGAUUUAUUUCCUUUCUUUUUUUAGGGCCUCAGUCUGCUAUCUCCUUUGGUGGCUACCACCACUCACUCCCUUGAUAUCUUCUACUCCCUUGCCUUCACCUUGCUUAAGACUGAGAAGGGAGUUACAUUUUGUCACUAGCUCUUUUUCCUCACUGUGUACCCCACCAAACAAGAUUAGUUCAAGUUAAAAAGAACCUAUUGGACGUAAACUGGGAGAGCAAGUGUUGGACCUGGGCUGGUCCCUUUCCCAUAAAAUUAGGUCCCUGGUUGUAUGUUCCCAUAGCACCCCAUACUUCCUCUCUCAGAAUAAUCAUUUCCCUUGUAAUGCUCAGCAUCCGCAUCCUGCUUGACUGCAAACUUGCUGAAGGUAGGGACUGUUUGUCUUGGACUUCGCUGCCAGUCCUUAGAACAGUGUCUGGGACACAGUGUGUUCUCAAAUAUUUGUUGCUGGAAUAAAUGAAUGAACUAAAUCAGUCUUUUAGGGAUUUACUGUUAACCACCAUGGGAAAAUUAAAUAAAUGUGGGGAAGGAAAACGUUCUAAAA